UCGGGUUAUAAACCAAACCGAAUAGAACCGAAAAUUAAGAAUUGUUUGAUAACACUGAAAUUGGCUGAAUCGGCUAAUUCUGCUGAAAUUUAUGAAGUUCUGGCUGAAGCGUCUCAGUUGAAUACUUUUUCUGAAUUAUAAAAAAAUUAUAUUCAAAAUAUAUUUUAUUAAUAAUCUGAAAAAUAGCUAAAAUGAUGGUAACUUCAAUAAAUCCAAAUGAUUAGGUUUGGUUUUCUUUGAUUUGAUUUGAAACCCAUUCACCAUAUCAACUAAUCAACCGAACAGUUUGGCACUCUUCCAAAAUGAAGUAGUAUAUGUAGCACAAUCACGCAAUUCGCACAAACAAACAUAAUGGCAAACUCUAACUUAGUUGCAGAAAUCUUCUGUGGCCUGUGGUAGCUUCUCCCAUAACUCCAUAAGGUCAAUUAUAUCUCACUAUUUUUAAUCGAUCAUUACGCUAUUAUUUUUCUUGGUUGGUCAUGAAGGCCAGAUUUUGGAGAGCUGAUGUUUGUUUAGCUUUUGGCAAUCAUAGAAAGUUGAUAAUUCUCUGCAGAAUGUUUUUCUUCAACCAAACUAGACCUCCCCGGCUCCCCCGUAAGCUCCUAACAGCAAUAUUCUAGGUUCAAUAUAUUAUUUCACCAAAACAGUAGUAACUAAAUUUGAUACAUUUAGAUUUUUUUUAAAAGAUAACCAUUUCUUAAAAUCAUACAAAAUUUAGAAGACAAAUAAGGAUGUUUUUACUUGGACCGUAAUUUCUCCCAGACCAGACUAGACCAGUCAAGACCAGACCAGACCAGUUCAGACCAGACCAAACUUGGAUAGUUAUAAAAAUACAAAGAAACCAGACCUUACCAGACCAGACCAUAUCAGACCAGACCAGCAAAUUACAGUCCAAGUAAAAACAUCAUCCUAAUUAAGACUAAGUAGGUGCACUAAUCAUUGUCUUCAUGUGGUUAUCUAUAUAUCGAUACAUCCUUCUCUUUCAACUUUUUGACUCUGUACUAAUCUUUUUUGCUACAAAAGGACCCUUAUAAAGCCAUCAACGGUUUGCAUCAACUCACUACAUACUCUGCGUCAGAGUAUUUAGUACCACCUUCUUCUAUACACGAUGGGUCAUAUCACGAUCGGAAAGGAACCGGGGGAUUCUUCCCGCCGGCAAAUCCUGCAAUCAGAUGACGCCACGUCAAACCCACGUAGGCCAACCGUCAAGCUCCUCCUCGUAUUCGCCACUGUCCUUAUUUUCUCCUGUGCCAUUUCUGUCGGCGUUUUGGUCGGAAUACGUGGCAAAUCCGGCUCCAAGAAUGACAGAAUAACCGCCAAGCCGAGCCAAGCCAUGGCUCGGAGCUGUGGGAAGACUCGGUACCCGAGCCUCUGCCUCAGCUCACUCCUCGACUUCCCCGGCGCGACCUCCGCCACGGACGCCGAUCUGGUCAACAUUUCAGUCAACGUCACUCUCCGGCGAGCCGGUUCGACACUCUUCAGUGUCAACGAUGUCAACAAUAUCGAAAUGGACACGCUGGUCCGGUCGGCAUACGAGGAUUGCCUCGAGCUUCUCGAGGACUCAGUGGACCUCCUCGACCGCUCUCUGAGCUCCCUCCAGUCCGGAGGGAGCUCCCGAGAGGAUGUCGCCACGUGGCUGAGCGCCGCUUUGACUAAUCACGACACGUGUAUGGAGGGAUUUGCCGAUGCCAGUAAUGGGGCUGUGAAAGAUCUGGUGACGAAAAGGUUGAAGGACAUGACUGAACUGGUCAGCAAUUGUUUGGCAAUUUUCGCCUCCGCAAACGGCGGAAAUGAAUUCUCCGGUGUGCCGAUUCAGAAUCGCCGGCGCAAACUCUUGGACCAUCGGGACUCUGUAAUUGGAUUGCCGGAGCACAGUGGUUUUCCGAAAUGGGUGUCGGAGAGUGAUCGGAAAUUGUUGGGCACAUCGGCUCUUCCAAUCCAAGCCGAUAUAAUUGUGGCUAAGGAUGGAACCGGAACUGUGAAGACGAUCACCGACGCCAUUAAAAUGCUGCCGGAGCACAGCACUCGCCGGACCGUCAUUUACAUCAAGGAAGGAGUGUACGAAGAACAUAAUCUGAAGAUUGGGAAGAAGAAAACGAACGUAAUGUUAAUUGGAGAUGGAAAGGGCAAAACGGUGAUUACGGGCAAGAAAAGCGUUACUCAAAAGCUCACCACAUUCCAUACUGCAUCAUUUGCUGCAACUGGAAAUGGAUUCAUAGCCAAAGACAUUACAUUCCAGAACACCGCAGGUCCGAUGAAGCAUCAAGCGGUGGCUCUCCGUGUAGGAGCCGAUCACGCGGUGGUUUACCGUUGCGAAAUCAUUGGAUAUCAAGACACACUCUAUGUCCAUUCCCAACGACAAUUCUACCGAGAAUGCGACAUCUACGGUACCGUCGACUUCAUCUUCGGCAACGCUGCCGUUGUCGUCCAGAAAUGCAACAUCUACGCCCGAAAGCCCAUGGCUAACCAAAAGAACACCAUCACGGCCCAGAACCGAAAAGACCCGAAUCAGUACACGGGCAUUUCCAUCCACGCUAGCAACAUCCUUGCUGCCACGGACCUCGAAUCAGCCAAGGACACCACCCCUACGUUCCUAGGGCGGCCUUGGAAGAUGUACUCAAGGACAGUUUACAUGUUGUGUUACAUUGGGGACCAUGUUGACCCUAGGGGUUGGCUAGAGUGGAAUGGGGAUUUUGCACUUUCCACAUUGUACUAUGGUGAGUACAUGAAUAAUGGGCCAGGUUCGGGUCUGGCCCAACGGGUGAAUUGGCCCGGAUAUCGUGUUAUUAAACUCGAGACGGAGGCAAACAUGUUCACCGUGUCGCGUUUACUCUCGGGUUCAUCUUGGUUGCCAUCUACCGGAGUUGCUUACUUGUCUGGUCUUAGUACAUGACCCAGUUCUCUAUACAUCCAUACUUGGCUUAAUAUACGGUAUAUAUGUAUACGAUUCGUAUAAUUAUAUAUGUGUGUAUAUCAAUGAAUAAUUUUGAUUAUAAUAGAAUAAUUAAUACUGUACUUUUAACUAAUUCUUAUAAUAUUAUACAGCCAUUUAUGUAUUCAGCAUAUUGUAAUGCCUUUUAAUAAAAUUGAUAAUUCAUUUGUUGCAUCA